CGCCCUGCGGCUCGGGCUGCUUCCCGGGAGGCCCCUGGCGCUCCGGGGUGGCGGCCGGAGGGAGUCGGUCCGGGGACGGGGCCGUGCGGGAGGCGGCGCCGCUGCCCCGCUUGGCGACGGCUGCCCUGCCGAGAAUAAAAUGGCAGAAGUAAAGACCUGGGUAGAAAAAUACACUCAAGAGGCUUUUCCAUGAAGCUCAGAAUUCCUAGAAUUACCAACAACAGAGCACAGACUUCAGAGUUUCCCUCUUGCUAAACUUGACUGCUACCCUGGACAUCACACAAUACACACAGAAGACAGUGGCAGAGAUAUCCACCACAGGAGAGAUACAAGUCGGCCUCCUUGUUGACAAGCCAGCAUGGAGCUAAACCUGGAGCCAAAGUCACCAGAAUGUCACACCACCCUGAGGUGGAAUCAUUCCAGGCAUGUCACCAAAGACCCUGGGUCACAGUGGGAUGUGCACAUGUGUGCACACGCACACAAACCUUGGCUGAUGCCCUCAGUCACACCUGCAAUCAAGUUAAUAAGCAUUUCAUCUAUAGUGGCUGCUCCUUUCACUGUUGUAAAGGAUAAAAUUGUACCUUCAGUCCCUAAAAUCUGCUUCAUGAUCAAUAUCUCUUCAUCUUUUCUGGUCUUCAGAACCAUCUUAAGAAAUGAAGAAGGAAUUCCAGCUGGGUGUCCUCCCAGCUGGGUGUCCUGGCUGACCAGCUCUGGACACAGGGACACAGGAUAUCCUGCAUUCAACCUGGCUCUGCCCCUGAGGCAGGGAAGUAACACACAGGUUUGGCACUUGGGAGCCUUCCCAGAGAGAACCCAGGUUGGAGCACUGGGCAAGCCUUUGCCCCAAACAGGUCACAGAGAGAACUGUGAACCCUGGGCCUGGUGUCCAGCUUCCAUAAGGGGGACGCCCCAUGCCCUUGGCAGCCCUCAGAGCAGUUCCUCGCAGGGAGUGACUGGGGGGUGGCUGGCCAGGUGCUCAGGGCUGGGCGGGAACAGGUGGACCCCCAGCCUUUCCCUUUGGUGUUCAGCAACCAGGGUCCCUGGUGCCACAGCUCCUCCGCCUCCUGCACACCUACAGCCAGGGGCCACAGAAAACGGGAAGCUCCCACUCAUACAAUGCCCCAGUGUGCCCACACCGCCUGAGGUUUGCAAAUAUUUAAUCCUCCCAAACCAAAGUGUAACAGAUAAGGAAGCAGGCGGUAGAGACGAACUGACGGGCUGUGGCCAUGUGGCUGGUGAGCUGAGGAGCACGUGUGAGCACCUCCACAUCUAGGACUGCCGAUGAGGAGUCUCUCAGGGAGCUGGACUGGAAACAGCUCAAAUCUGGGUGCUGAUCUCAGACAAUGAGCUUAACUAAAAGUACUCAGAGCCACAGGUGAAGGGCCUGGACUCCGCCUACCCUCUCGUUUCAUAGGAUUUCUGCCCUUCCCCAGCCUGCACCAUCCUGCAAUCAGACUGUUGUACUUCGUAUUGCCAUCCACACUCAGGCACCACUGAGGGCUGGGGUGUGUGUGCUACCGAGGCCCUCCUGGUGGGCCCUGGGGCAUCCAAGGAAUGGAACUAGUGUCCCUCCCAACUGGAGCGCUUUCUGACACUGAGACACGAAGGGCAGAGGUGCCGGCGGUUCUGAGGGUCUGAGCAGCACCUCUGAUGCCCAAACGGGGGCAGUUAGGAAGCUGCCUGGCUCUGCUCUGCUGCUGAGGUCUGCUCAUGGCAGCCUCGCAGUUAACGACAGAAAGACUGCCGGCCUCACGCCACCAAGCCGCGCUGAUUUACACUGGGCUCCUGAAUACGGGGUGACUUGAGAUGCUCAGCAGAAUCAAGGGAAGAAGAGCAUCAAGUCAGAGAGAAGUCAUCGCUUACUGGCCCUGCCUCCUCCCAGAUGCUGCUGAACGCCCCAGGGUCACUGUCGCCUCCAGGAGGAGCAGGGUGGCCACGUGUCCGCCCUGCAGCCCUGGCUGCACAGCAGGGCUGUGAUUCAGCCUGUAUUUACAGGACACUACAGUGGCUCCAGAGAGGACAACUGUAAUUGAAACAGACGAAAAUAGCUGUUGGCAGAAAACUCCACACUUAGAGCAGCCCUUGUUCAGCAGUUCUCACGGCUGGCGUCCAGCACCCUUGGCUUGGCCUGCACCCCAGACCGACCAGCCUCUUUCCUACCAAAGGAGACAGCAGAAGCCCCACACAGAGGCCUGGGAGUGUCAGCCAGGCCUGCACCACUGCCUGGCGCAGCCGAGGUCCUGGCGGUCUCUGCGCCUCAUGCAAACGAAGCCUCCUGGCGCCUGUCAGCUGCCCUGGCGUGGCAGUAGGCCUCUCUCAGUGGAGGGCCGAUGUCCUGCUCCCCCAAGCUGACCAGACAUGACUUCAGUUGUCGCCCAUCACUGCACUGACAAACUGAAUGCCAACCCUGGGAGAAGCCCACUGGGGGCCAUCCCUACCCAGCAUGACCACAGAACAGCACCCUGCCCAGGGCUUUCACCCACAGUUGUGGCUUGUGGGAGUGCGUCCCUCACGGGGUCCUGCUCUGCUGGAGAGAAGGGCAAAGUGCCAAGAAGAAUUCACCUAGUGCGAAGAGGCAGGACAGAGGCUCAGUGCCAAAUGGAACGCUUCAAGGAGAUGUUUUAAACAGCUGGAUAGAGAUGUCACAUGGCAUGCGAUUUACCUGCCAUAGCAGCCCCUUGUCACUGUGUGCAGUCCUGCAGUCUUGGUGCAUUCACAGAGCCAUGACACAUCACUGCUGCUGCCCAAUUCCAGAAGAUUCACAUCACCUGGCCCGUUUACAGUCACUCCUCCCCAUCCCAAGCCAAGGGUGCAACUUUUGCUAGUUAAUUCAUGCAAAUACAAGCAAAUGUGAACACAGAUUCUUAUUCUGUCCCAUUGUCACAGAGGGUAGUGCAUUAUAUGCACCAUUUUGCACCCUGUGUUUCCUACCUAAUAUCUAUUGACGACCCUGGAUUUUGAGAGUGGAACAAGUCAUCUUCCUGCCAUUUCUGAGAAGCUGCCUGGCACACCAACAAUCUGGGACGGGGGCCCUGACGCAACCUCUGUGGGGCUGAGUCAGGCAUGCAUCUGUCUCCUGUCCAGAUUCUGUCACCAAGGAAUUCCUGUCCGAGGACCUGUCCUCAGGUUUCACCCCCAGGCAAGCAGAAACUAACCCGUGGGCAGCUCUUGUGCAAGUGCCCAACAUUCUCCUGCUGACCACUCAGGGUGGCUGCCAUGCAUCUCUCAUCCACAACCCCAGCCGAGGGAGGAGACAGAACCAGGGCCCAGGCAGACUGGGUCAGAACCUGAUGGCUGUGUGGCCCUGAGACGCUGGAUAGCUGCUCAGGGACUCAGUUUUGCCCUUCGUAAAAGGGACAGGCCUCCUCCCAGAGCAGCUGUGGGAUGAGGCUCCAUGGACUUAAGGAGGGGCAGGUAGGAGGGCGUCUGCAGGUGGGAGGUCCCCUUAUGAAGUCUGCGGGUGAGGAUGCCCACUCCUCCACAACAGCUCUGCAGCCCUUGGACUCUAAUCCAUACAGCAAAGUCACCAUCCUCAUACAGGGAGGAGGCUCAUUUUGUUUACAAAUAUGACAGCAAACCCUGCUUCCGCAUGAAACACACAGUCCUUAGGCUUGCUUCCCUGGCUGCCCUGGGAACACCUGUGUCACCAGGUGGGCCCUGGCACAGCACCUGCAGAACAACCAGUGUAGUACCAGGUGGAUGGGGAUUCACAAAGUAACCGAAGGUGAAGAGGACAUUUUAAUCUCAGAAGCACCUGGCAAUCGGCAGGAACUCCCCAGGAACUCUGGGAGGGUCCAGAACUCGCAGGUCCAUUGUCUUCUCACGCCCACUGGCCACUCCCUAUGACCACAGAGCAGCCCCCCAGCGCCAAGACCAGCAGGGCAGGAGGGAGGAUGAGGAAGAAAUGGGCAGCACAGAGCUGUGGCAAGGAGGGUCACCAGCCCCAAAGCUCCCUAUUUCCCUGCUAUGGUCCCAGGUUCUCUGCUGACAGGGAGGGAGCUGUGGAAGCGGCUGUCCGUGGCCCCCUCACCUGUGUCCGGGCAGUGGAGAGUGGUGUCUGUGGCAAGCUGCUGCACUGGCAGGGGAGGCCUGGGUGCUGCCAGGGGUCUCCCACCCCCAACACGUGAACACACACAGUGGCUGGUAUCACAAGAGGCCAUGUGCUUCCCAGCCUGGCCUCACCACUGUUCAGAGAGGCCCUGAGUCCGUGGGGGACAACCUUAGGGCAACUGACACCUCCGAUGCCCUGACCUGUGCUGAGGAGCUGGCAGGGGCUUCUUUCCGGGGACAUUUAACUUAGGGUCCCCACAUGCAAGCUAAGGUCUGUGACACUUGGUUGCCGCCGACAUCCUCUGUCCAGGCAUGUUCACUGCCCAGGAACCACGUUUGUGCAUCCAGACAGAUGAGGGUCAGCCCUGGAUAUGAUGCCCCAACAGCGAGUGACAGUUAUUUCCCUCACCCUUUGAUUUGAAAUUUCUAACAAGAUCAUAGACCUCUAUCAGCUAUAAAUGCACCCCAUGACCAUUUUAUAGGAAUUUAUGCUUACAGGUACAAAGCUACUUUUUGGAGUUUGACUUUAACUCACAAUGACACAUAAUGUUUUGAUGGGCCCAGUUUCAGCUGGGAAGAUGAAAAAGUUCACUACAUUGAUGGUAGUUGUACAACGUUGUGAAUGUGCUUAAUCAUACUGAACCAUCCACUUAAAAAUGGUCACAGUGGUUUUAUUAUUUUACUUUAAUUAAAAAAUUAACCUUCAUUAUACAUUAGCAUGUAUUGUGCUAGUCUCCUCCUUGACAGCUGAACAAGGGUCAGCACUCCUGCCCCUGCCCUUCCCCACUCUGCCCCAGCAGGAGGCUGCGGUGUGUGGCCGGGCAGGACCAAGGGCCUGUUGUAUUCUGCAUCCAUGCCCCCCUCCAACAGCUCAGGAGUAAACAAGUUCAGAUCCAGCUGUCAGCCUCAUCCUAAUCCUGUCGCAUUUGUUAAGUGCUACAAAAUUGUUAGACUUGUGAGAACUGGGGUACCAGAGGAGUGUGCUGACUCAUUUUCCCACAGGAGGGGAUGGAAAGUACAGAGAUACAGGGGAAAACAGGAAGACAAACCACUGUGAAAGAGGAAAUCCAAAUCUGGCUUAUGUUUCUGGAAAAGAAAAAAGUUCACGGUGGAAAUUUUUCUAUCUCUGGACUCCACACUGGCACAGGUGACUCACUGGUGCAGUGAGCUGCGGCACUCCAGCACACCCCAAACUCACAGCGUCCUAAGGAAGGGUCUUCUUCCGUGGUAGAAUGACAUUGUCUUAAUCACCUGCUCUGUCCCCAUGACUGUCCUCCGGAAUGAGAAGCCCUUUAAAACAGAAGUGGCCACACGGAGUUGUGCACCGUGCUGCAGGAGAGCAACCACAAGCAUUGCUGUGGGGUUUCCUUCCAUGGAGCUGCACCUGAGGUCCAGCCAAUUGUGGGUCACUGGGCCACCAGAUCAAUUGCAGUUCUGGUUCCAGAUCAGUUCCAAUGAACUAAGGCUAGUUAAUUGGCUCUGAGCUCUAGCCACAUAGCACAUUCCCUACAGAGAAAUGCAUGGAUCUCACUGCCUCAGCGCCCCCUCUCAAGGUGCCACAUGAGCCCUUACCAGUGGGUGUUGUGAAUAAAUCUCAAGCAGCCGUUGCCAAGAACUGUUUCCGGAAUGUUUGGCCUUUCCUGAAGUUUUAGUUCACCAUGUGCAAAAGGAG